AUGGCUACAUCAGCAGAUGUCCAUGUACACCUUGGUGGUCAGUUUGGCUACCAGAAUGUCCACAUACACACAUCCAAGGUCCUGGGGACAGGCUCCUAUGGGAGUGUGGUCAAGGCCACUCUGGACCACCUCCCCUGUGCCGCCAAGAUCCUUCACACCGUCUUCUUCCGAGACGACGACCCAGGGGCUGCCGACUUUGCCGCUCGUUUCGACCAGGAGUGCGACAUCUUGCGAGCUCUAAAGCAUCCCUGCAUCGUCCAGUUCCUCGGUGUGGUCCAGGACCCCAGCAGCCGCAGACCCAUUCUCCUGAUGGAGCUGAUGGACGAGAGCCUGACCGGGUUACUGGAGCGACCCACGACCUCCCUCCCCUACCACGUCCAGGUCAACAUCACACACGACAUUGCUCAGGCCUUAGCCUACCUGCACGGUAACAGCAUCAUCCACCGCGACCUCUCCAGCAACAACAUCCUCCUGAGAGGAGGAGGCAGUCAGGCCAAAGUGACCGACUUUGGCAUGUCCAAGAUGGUGGAGGCCAAUCCUCGCAUGACUCGCAGUAAGAUCACCCAGUGCCCCGGCACACCUGUCUUCAUGCCUCCAGAGGCCCUGCGUGCCAAGCCUCGCUACUCCGACAAGCUGGACACCUUCUCUCUGGGUGUUGUAACGGUUCAGAUCAUCACUCGCUGCUUCCCCACACCCACAGAUGCUGAGAUAGUGGUGGAGGAUGACUCAGAGCCAACCGGGCAAAGAGUCACACUCGUUCCUGAACUACAGCGACGUCAGAGAGACAUAGGGAAGGUUCCUCCCGACCAUGGUCUCCUGCCCACUGCCCUCCACUGCCUCAAGGACAGACCUAGAGACAGACCCAGUGCUGCCCAGCUCUGCCAGAGUCUGGGGCAGCUCAAGACAGCUGAGGCCGACACAGGCAGUGAGGCAGAGGACCAGGAUGAGAAAGCUCUGUAUGAUGCUGCUCGUGAUGGAGAUGUGUCUGCAGUGAGAAGACUUCUGGCCUCUAAUGUCAACAUCAACUGUACACCAUAUCCUAAUGGCUGGACUCCACUGAUGACAGCAUCAUUGGGUGGACAUGGUGAAAUUGUGAGACUACUGAUUGAGGCCAAGGCUCAGCUCAACAUACAAGAAAAGGAGUUAGGUUCCACAGCUCUUCACAUGGCAGCUCAAAAUGGCAAAUCUGAUGUAGUGAGACUACUGAUUGAGGCUGGGGCACAACUGGACAUACAGAUAACAGAUGGGACGACUCCUCUCUACAUUGCCAGUCAAAAUGGACACAGUGAAGUGGUGGAUAUCCUACUGAGGAAUGGAGCUGGUGUGGAUAGAGCUAUGAACACUGGGUCGACACCUCUAUAUAUGGCAUGUCAACAAGGACAAAGCGAUGUGGUGAAUAUCCUGCUAGCAAAUGGAGCAGAUGUGAACCUAACUGGAUUCCAGGGAAGGAGACCAAUUGAUGCUGCCAGACUCUAUGGACACUCUGAUGUUGUCCGUCUACUGGAGAAGAGAGGACAUUAGUCACUUUACUUUGUUUAUAUAUACAUGUAGCUAGCUAGCUAUAUACUAUGUAGGUAUUUUUUGGGCUGAUCUCAGUGUCCUGCUUGAAAUUCAUGAAAAGUAUAUUUAUAGCAUACUAGACACAGAGAAUAGAAAAGAAAAAAAGAAAAAAGAAAAAAAGAAAACCAGAAGUCACCCUCCACCCCCCUGUCCUCCACCAAUACACAGACAC